GGAGGGGAUAGAGAAAAGAGAUACGAGAGAGCUGACAUAUGGGUUUAGGGAUAUUUCUAUUAUUUCACAUGAUUUCUCUUUUCUUUUCAACCGAAAAUUAUUAUUUGAAUAGGUGUAAUGUCCACUAUUUAUAAAUAGUGUUUUAUAACUAAAACCAUAAAAUCACAGUAGAUAAUAUUAAGUGGUUCCAAGUGAAAAACUCAGCUAAAACUUAGCCCAAAAGCUACAGCAAGGGUAAAAAUACAUUGCCCAAAAUAAGAUUUACUCGAAGUAUUGCUUUUAUUAGGGUCUAACUUGAAAGGAAAUUCCCCAAAUUUCGUCGUACUCCUCUGACGACUCCGAUGAGCCGCCACCGCUCGCCGUCCCGGUCCCCGCUGGACGACGACGACCUCCUCGGCGAGAUCCUUCUCCGCCUCCCGCCCAUUCCCUCCUCGCUGGCCCGCGCUGCCUGCGUCUGCAGCCGUUGGCGCCGCCUCGUCUCCGACCCCGCCCUCCGCCGCCGCCUGCGCGCCCACCACCGCGACCACCUUCCCCUCCACGGCUUCUUCUACCACAGCGACCACAGCGCCCGCCUCUGGCCCAUCCUGGAGCGGCCGGAUCGCAUCCCGGCGUGGCGCGUCGCCCCCACGGAGAAGCUGCUCCCUGGAUGGCAAGUCCUCAGCUGCUCCCACGGUCUCGUCCUCCACAAGGAUCGCGAGAAGUUCAUGGUGCUUGACCCCGUCGCCGGCGAGCAGCACGCCGUGCCCUUCCCCUCCUCGGUGGAGGACACAUCCGGGUUCGUCUUGGGGAUGGUGGUUCCUUCACGCCGUUCUUCUUCUUACCGCGUGGUGGCGCUCUUCGCCGGUAGAUCUACCAGCACAAGAGUAGCCGCCUAUGUCUACUCUUCAGAGUCUGGGAGUUGGGGUGAUUCGGAUUCCCCCAUCGCGACAUUGGUUCUACCAUCAAAGGCCAAACAUCGAGCCAGGCAUGGCACCAUUGUGGGCAGUGUGAUUCACUGGUUUCUUGAUGGACACAAGGUCCUUACGUUUGAUUUGGAGAGGCAGAUUCUAGCCAUCAUCGAGCUGCCGCCGGAGGUGGUGAAGGAUACGGAUUCAUUCUAUGAAUUUCGGUGUCAGAUCAUACCAGCACUAGAUGAUGGUGUUGGUGAGGUUCGUCUUGCCGUUCUAGCUGAUCCUAACAUGCAAUUCUGGGAGAGGAAGAAGACAGGGGGAGAUGGGAGUGGUGCCGCAUACACAUGGGUGCUGAGUUCAACUGUUCGGCUGAACUUCCCUUCCAUUGAAUCAAUCAGGAGUGAUCUGAAAUAUCAGGUCCUGGGGUUUGAUGAUGAAAGUAAUGCGAUCUUUAUAUGGGUGCAGAAUGUUCUUUUCAUGGUCUACCUCAGGUCGAUGCAGAGCAGAAAGGUGUUGGAUCAUUGGCCCCCUGCUGACAUCUUCCCUUACUCAAGCUUAUAAAUUGCAAGAUGGCAGCUCGUUGGUGUAUAACAAGAUGAUUGCACCUAUGGUAGAAGAUUAUAUUCGACCAUGUAGUCUGUCAGAAUGGUAAUCUAGAUGGCUGCUAUGCAUUUGGUAUUAGUUGUAGGAGAUAGUGUAUGCCAUUCAAUGAGCUAAAUUGGAAGCAUGCAGAUACCAUGGGAAAAUAAACUGUCAUAUUUUGUGUUGGCUGCUUAUUGACAAUAUGAUAUGUAGUGCACUUUUAAUCCCCUUGUGUUUGGGUGCCGACUAUCAAUUUGGUAACCAUGUGAACCUGUGACUUGAUGCUUCAAUUCGUUGUGUAAAACUGAAUAGCCAGGUCUGCUGUCGCACUUGAUGAAGCUUGCAUGGCAAUAUGCUGUCCAUGAGUACAAUGGUUUAUAUGACUACUGUUCCCUAAGAAAUGUUAAUGGAGUGAUGCAGGUCUUAUUGCUGA